AGCUUGGCUCCUUCUUAGACUAUAAUUUGUGGAAACAAAGACGGAAUAACUGCAGUAAAUUUCAGGAAUUUGGGACAACCGGUGGCUCAUUUUUCAACCAGUAAAGGGUCCAUUGAUGUACAUGUCCAAGUUUUAUGCUGUACGCGUACUUUUAUCUCGACAUGUCAAUGGACUCCUGUUUGUCGAGGUCGAGGUAACCAUAGGUAAGUUCCGGUACGGCUACCUUAGAUCUCUUUCAGGUCCCUCUUGGCAGUGCAUGUAUGUAUGCUGCCAAAUUUAUGUACUGCUGCUACCUUAUGCUUGACAUAAUUUUGCUGGCUUUUUCGUAGGAGAAUGCGGGCUACAUGUGUAAAGAGUUAAUAACUGUGACCCGUUCAGAGACGGACUCGUUGGUAGAAGACAAGAACCAAUCAACCUUUCCAACUGCCUUGACUGCAGGUGCUCGUGGCUUGAUAUUCGGCUCAGUGGGAGCGGUACGCCAGCCGUGGUAACACCUCCGUAAAAGGGGUCGCAUUAGCGCGUUUCCUAGGUUCAGCCUCUCUGAACAGCACGUAGCCUUGCGCGCCAAGGAUCAUGGAAACUCCAUUGAAGACAACCGCGCAUAAUUGUGCCCAAACACCGUUCCGGCCGGACAAGAUGUCAGUCACAUAUCAGACUAAAGCCAAGAAUUUGAUCUUCUAUGCCUGUACAACUAUUCUCUGCGCCUGAACACGAUCAAGGAUUCGAUCAACAACCUCGACGCGAUGAUGCCGUACAACAGGGCAACAGAGCUGGCUCUACUGGAAUGGACGAACACUUUCCCGUUGGAUUCUCGAGUAGAAUCGGUCCCAAAUCUCACCGAUGGCGUUGUUUUUGCUAAAAUGCUGGGUAUGCCGGAUACACACAUACAACCUGUUGGCCGCUUCCGAAUACUGAUUCGACGUGUCUGCAGAGGACAUCGAUCCCAGCUAUGCAGUGCGCCACCUUGAAAAGGAUAUUGGAACGUCAAAGUGGUUGGGCAAGAAGAAGAACCUUGAGGCAAUACACAGGUCUUUAUUGCGCUACAUCAACAACACCUGCGAGGGGUUAGACUCUUUUAUACUAGAUAACCCGGUCGAUUUGAAUGCUAUUGCACAGCAUGAAGAUGCGGGAGAGACGUUCAAGCUUCUUACCUUGUUUCUUAUGGCAGCUAUCAAAGGUGCCAACUUGCAGAAAUACGUUUCGAAGAUUACAACUUCGUUGGAUGCAUCUACGCAGGGCGAAAUUGCAGGCAUUAUAAAGAAGGCAGAUGCUGUUGAAACCCCACGGGCAGUGACUAGCACAGGCGGAGUUGCUAUGAGUCCGGCUCAUGAUGCGGAAUUGGAACUCGAAGAGAAAUAUGCGUAUAUGGCUGUUGAGCACGAGACCCUCAAGAAAAAACAUGCGGAUUUCAUUUCGAGGUUCGAGCGAUUACAACAGAACCACGAUGAAUUGCUAGAUCACAGCAACAAGCAGGAUAACAAAUUGAAAGCGUACGAGAACUCGGAUGAUGGCGACCAGACUGACUACAUACGAAGCCUGAACAACCGGAUUCAAGAGCAAGAGGACCUCAUUGCCAGCCAAGAGAGCCAGGUGGAAUCAGAUCGCAUAGCCAGGGAGAGACUUUCCAAAGAACUUUCAGUAUUACGACCUGCAGCACAGCGUUUGAUGGAGGUUGAAGAUGAAGUAAAGGAGCUCAAAACCGCCAACAUUGCUCUUUCCAGGAAAGCAAAUACCGUCGAUCACUACCAGAAAAAGGUGGAACAUUUGACUAUGGUCGAGAAGGAGAACAACGCCUUGCGUGAAAAGAUCGACACGCUUCAAGGAAACCAGAAGGACUUUGACAGGGUUUAUGACGACAAUGCAAAGAUCAAGACCACUCUUAAGGAGUAUCAACAGAGGUUUCACUCCUACGAGCUAACUUACGUCGAGCUAUCAACUCAAAAGAAGCAUAUUGAGGAGCAGCUAAGGCUCCGAGAUGACCAACUUCAAGUUCUCACUGCAAGACAACAACAUGACGAAAAGUUCAUUGACCAAUUACAAGAGCAGAUUAAAACCGGCAAUCUGGCAGAUUCCAUAUCCCCAGACUCGCCUACAGGAAAGCAAGGUGCACUAAACCUGGAAGAAGAAUUGGAGCGUAGUGAAGAUCCAACACCAAAUCUCAUACUCGAGAUUUCACGACUCAAGGCUGAGAAUCAACUUCUGAAGAGCAACACUGCAGGUACUACCAAUGCUACCCUUCGCAUUGAUUUGGAAGAAGCCGAGCGGGUCAAGAAACGGCUGCAGGAGAAUCUCCGUGAUCUCACUGAGAAGUACACUAUUGGACAGGAGCAACUCAGUGCAAUGAUCAGCGAAUCAGCAGGCGAAAAGGAAGAAGCUAUCAUGCACACGCGGAAGCUAUAUCUCGAAGCCAACCAGGAGCUUGCCAACGCCAAAUCCAAGCUCGCUGAAUUGCAAUCCGAUUUAUCCGGGCGUGAUCGAGACCUUGUUUCUACCAAAUCAGACUGUGAGUGCCAAAUUUCAAUCUUCAGUGCAGAGUAUCUGCUAAUGCCAAUCAAGUGGCCGCUGUUGAUCAAGAACAAAUCGACGCUGUCAAUAGCCUCAAAGCCGCUCACGAGCUGAUCAGUUCCUCUCUUCAAAAUGACUUGCUCGACCUACAGAAAAAGCACAGGGACUUGACAACGGAUUUUGAUGAACAGAAAACCCAGCUUGUCGAAGCACUCUUGUCAAAGGAUAGACUUGUGCAGGAUCUUGCAGCAACAAAAGACAAAUCUGGGUCCACGACUGAUGGUCAAGCUCAAGCCCGAGCUAUUAUUGAAGCGGAAGAGAAGCUGAGAGAGGUAAGCAGUCAAACUUUAUUUGCGCAGGAAUUCCAUGUUGUCUCCAAGACGACUUCCAACAGAACCUCUCGUCUCUUUACACCCCUGAAAAUUCCAAUUCAAGCAUACGGCUCUUCUCGUAUCAGUAUGUUGGGAACAGUCCUGUCCCAGCACCAACUUAUACCGUUGGCGAUUCAAAUACAGUUCUACCGAGCAAGUACUUGGGUUUUGAUACAGACGUUGUCCUCGAAGCUUUCCCUUUUGAAUGCUCAACACGUUGCAUCAACUCCUUAUAACUCCUUCAUAUUAAAGAAGCAUGAUUUCCCUUUCUCUCUCUCUAGUCUGAUCCUGUUCUCCAUAACUCAUUCGCCUUUCAACUCAAAUUAUAAAUGUAUUGAAGAAAAGCUGAUUAAAAUCACAGCAACUGCACAAGCAAGAUACUCUCAUUCAAGAUCUUCAACGAAAGCUCAAGACCGCGGAGGAGAACACUCCAGAAGCGCAACAGGCAAGUUUCAAGAACUCUCCCUUGCCGGUAGCUGUCCUCACCUCAACUCACCCUGCUAUACAUAUCCCCCCAUUUAUUCGGGAUACAUAACACUCUUCUUUCGCUCCAUCACUGCCCUUUCUAUAUCGUCGCAAAUCUCCGACUGUCUAAGACCAAGAACUAAUCAUAUGUGAAGGCUGCAAAUGAUUCUAUGAUCAAGAAUCUUACACGCGAAAACACGCUCAUGGCUUCCGCCUGGUACGACCUCACUAGCCGCUUGCAGAGCAACCAUGUAGUUCUCCAGAGGAGACAGGACGCCCCAAAAAGCUGGCUAAAUAAACAGCGGCAAAUGGUGAAUACGCCUUCAAGACGCUGAAGCUGGAAAUCGGAGGGCUGGUGACAAGUUAUGUCAGUAUAUAUGCGCCUGCAUUGUGAGGAGCUUUUUGAAGGCAGAGCGGACGGUCUUAGAACAGCAUUACGGAGCGGGAUGGCAGCAUGGACAUCCGGGAAAGUAAGAGGAUGGUGAAAGCGCUAGAUGUGUUUUCUGGAUAGAAAGAUGGACAGCUUGGUAGGAUUCUUGAGUGUUGCGUAUACCCCUUAGACAUCACCUAUUUACUAGCUUUUGCUUCUACCUCAUUUGGCUACCAUAUUCCUCAGCGACACUGAAUGGCUUAUUGUUAGAAGUGUAUCUACUUCAUUCUAAGUAUAGACUUCAUGUUCGACGGCAUACUAAACAUUUUAACGUCCGUACUUCCAAAUUAGGCAGUACCAGCAACAAGUCACCAUCGACCAACAAACGCAAAGGGUGCCUAAUCUAAUCCGCUUUUACAAAUUCUCCAAAUUAUAUGCAUGUUACCCGUCUUUUACCAACAAAAGUCUCAUCGACGAUCAGCAUCGGACCAAAGCACCCGGGUCCAGCCUCGCCGCACACCGCCCACCAAUCAUCAUUCCUCGUCUCACUCCUGACUCAACUCUUUCCAGUCCCUCUGAAGCCCAUAAACUUUUGUUGCACGUCUGACAUUUCUCGGACAUGAUGGCCGACGAAUCUACACUCUCGAUAAUCGGACGCCGGCGAUGCUCGCGGACAUCAUGUCCGGGGAAGAGUUUGAAAAAUGCUGAUUGGAUGGGUAGUCGCAGCCGGGCUAUCCGGAAUGGUAACUUUCAGAGAAGUAUGACCCUCGUGACCUUGGAGAUAGAUUAUGGAGAGAUCGAUCGAACUUUCAGGAGGAGAUAGAUCUGAAGUGGAUCAGAUGGUAAGUACUCCGGCAGCGAGAUGAGAUUAAGAUGUGAUCGAUUGUGUCUUGUCGGUGGUAUAUUCCUGGUCCGCGUGGGAAAUUUAGGCGAGUCAUUGUCGUAUGAUGUUUUGGCUUCGGACAAGUCACUUGCCCGGAAAAAUACACAUUUGCGGAGAAACAUUCUUUAAAUAGCCAGUAGAUACAGAAUAUGCCGCUAC